AUGGCCAUCGGGGCAACAACAACUCUGCGCUCUAGUUCGCCCAGUGUGAGCCCCCACCCUUCCGGUGGCACGACACGCGUGGGCUAUGUUCGAGGUGGAGGAGGCCGCAGUACUCCCGCGGCAGGGGAAACACGCCCAGCCAACCCCCUCCAGGCCACGUUCCUCAACCGGGUAUGCCUCUUGGGCAUCGACGACAAGCACAAGGCGACCCUGCACCGUCGCUGGAAGGCGACUCGGACGUGGUCUUGGGGCUACGAGAAACAGCGGCGUUGCAACAAGGCCGCCGAAGAUCGCGCGAAUGAAGAGAGGAAAUCAAGACGAGCGAGGGAGGAGGCAGAAAGGGUAACCGCUGAUCAGGAGGCGGCAAGGACAGCGGCGGCGGCGGCGGCGGCGGCUUUGAAGAUAAAAACCGAGCCACUGGAGCACCUUGCACAUCAAGGACAAACGCCGGCGGCGCCAAUUUCCCUCUCGGCCCAGCGUUCGGUGCAAAGGCCAGGAGGAGGUGAGGUAAGCCCGGGGAGACGUGGCUUAGGCUCUGGGAGCUCCGCUUUCAGAAGGAGCUCCGCGUGGAUGUGGCCGAGGAGGCAACCUUCCAGCGCACCAGGAGAACGAACUGAUGGCGAGUCGCCGCAGCAGCAACUCGACAAGGGGCGCGACCGUCUAAUUAGCGGCCAAGACCGAGGGUCUCAAAUGACUCGCACGAUACGGCCACCCCGAGGAAUGGGUGACCCCGUCCGAAGAAGUACACCAGCGGUGGAGGCAAGGGAUCUUCGGCCCAAGGGAUCGGCGUCCGUCGGUCAGAACAUCAAAACGGAGGCAGCCGGGGAUUCCAUUACGGCGGCGACUGCGGCGGAUAACGGGGUCCCAGAUGUGCGCCAGGUGCAACAGGUGGAGAGCAAGGAGGUGUUUGUCCCAGCAGAUAGAGAGGUAGAAGCGCCGCGGUCCGUGGACUGGGCGCGCGAUAUCUGGAGCCAGUGCCGUCUCCACCGGAUUUCCACAAGCCCGCUCCUCUUGCCGAUGGCAUCGUCCACCCUCAGCGGCUUUGCGGUGAAGGCUUCGGCCACACGUGAUCACGACGGGGGCCAGGCAGAAGCAGAAGCAGCUCUUGACCGAAUGGAUUCCCGCCCUGUUGGACGAGACUACACCAGUGGAGAAGGGCAGCCCGGUUCUGCGAGGGGAAACUCCGGGACAGGAUCUAUCUUCCUCGGGAAUGUCAGCGAGACGGAAUGGGGGGCGAGCAGCUACAACUCGCUUGGUGUGCCUCAACACACCGGCAGCGUUGCCGGAGAAGCCAGCGUCCGUGAGCUGUCGGGAGACAGGCAGCUGAGGCAGUCUUCGGAAGAGGAGGAUUUUGACCUCCUGCGCAGCCGGAGCGCUACCAGCUCGGGCCUUGGACGCGAGAGUACUGACAGUGCCGUCGGGUCGGAUGAGAGGUGGGCCAUCGCGGCGACACCGACGCUGGGGACGCAGCCUGCUAUGCAUAGGGGAAGCUUCUUGAGGGGGCUCGGUAGUGGCGGGACCGUUGCUCGGGACGGGGAAACUGACGGCGCAGGAGCGGCAGAGCUACGUCAAACUCGGAGCGUAUCUCUUGCCGGAAUUGGGUUAGGGUGUGACGGAGGUUCCACGGGCGGAGACACUGGUGGACCCGCGCCCUCCUCCUUUCGAAGGAAGUCCUCCGCCGUAGAUAAGCCUGUGCUGGAAGCUGCUGCCACGCCCGAACCAGCAAUAGCGUCGACGCCGGGAACGGGAGAGCACGUGGCCGUCGACAGCAGUGGGCGGGACGAUGUGGAAGCCGAACGAGGCGCAACACUCGCCCGCCAGUUUGUCCUCGCGUACUCCUCGUAUCUCGUUGAGUCCCUCGGUUUUACGCCGGUGACGGAGGAAGCCACCAUCGUCUCUGCGGACAAUGUCAACACGGACACGGAUGUGAAAUGCAUGACGCGUCCCGUGUUCGCUGGGCACCCAGUGACUUUUGCCUCGGGGCUCACCGUCGGUGCGACAGGCUCGGGGAAGGCCCCAAAGGGUGUCCGUGGGGCCCCGGUAAACGGCCAACUUUGCAGCCCGGCUACGCUUGGUAGCGGCGGUGUGCUGUUGGCCCACGCGCUUCUGCGGCUGCCCCUUGAACUGACCAACACCGUCGCCCUAGUGGAGACUUCUCGGUCGGCCAGGUGGAAGCCGCGUUGCUGUCGUCAGCUGCUACGGACUUGA